CCGCCAUAUUCCAACUUCCCCAGACGACCCCCACGGAGGCGGCUCCUCCUGGCCCUCCUACUCUCUCGCACACUCCGUUUCCUUCCUCCAAAAGCUUGUAUUUUUAGCUAUCUCUCCACCCAGCGGAGCUCUCUCGGUCUCUCUCUCCCUCUCUCGCCAUGGCCAAGAACACAUGCAAGCUCUGCUGCCGCCGCUUCGCCAGCCCCCGCGCCCUCGCCGGCCAUAUGCGCUCCCACUCCAUCAAGGUCGCCAGGUCGCAGAUCUCAUCGGCCUCCUCCGCCUCCACCUCCGUCGCGGCCGGGGACGACGACGCCGCCGCCGACGCCAGGAUGAUGCCCAUCCAGGCCUACGUGCUCCGCGGCAAGCCCAAGCGGAGGGUGCGCCUCGCCGAGUCCGACUUCUCAGAUCGCGAGAGCGAGGCGGACUACCCCUCGCAGUCGCCGGACGCCAAGCGCGUGCAUGGCGGAUCGCGCGACGCGGAGCCGGUGAGCUCCGUGUCCGACGCCGCCACGCCGGAGGAGGACGUCGCGCUGUCCCUCAUGAUGCUCUCCCGCGACUCCUGGCCCGCGGCGGCGUGGCAGCCGUCCUCCUACCGCGCCGCCGACUCCGACGACGGAAGCGACGGCGGCGGAGAGGUCGAGCCCCGGGCGGCCGAGCAGAAGCGGACGCGGUUCCAGUGCCCCGCGUGCAAGAAGGUGUUCCGAUCGUACCAGGCGCUGGGCGGGCACCGCGCCAGCCACGUCCGCGGCGGCAGGGGCGGCUGCUGCGCGCCCCCGCUCAACCCGCCGCCGCCUCCUCCUGCUUCCACCCACCUGCAGCCAUUGCUGGAAUGCGAGGAGGGCACGAAGCCGCAUCCGCACGAGUGCCCCUGUUGCUUCCGCGUGUUCGCGUCAGGCCAGGCCCUCGGGGGCCACAAGCGGUCCCAGCUCUGCCCAGGCGCCGCCGCCGUGGCCGCGCCUGGCGCCGAUCAUCCCGCCGCCGCGAUGAAAAGCCUGGGCCUCAUUGAUCUCAACCUCCCGGCGCCCUUCGAGGACCUGGAGGUCUCCGCCGUGUCAGAUCCCUUCCUCUCCGCAAGGCCAGGCCACUGAAAGCAAGCAGAGCAGAGCGACGAAGCAAGCAAGCAAUCCGGCGUGCUUUUCCUUUCGGUCGGUUGGUUGGUUGGUUCCAGUGGAGAUAGAUGAUUCGGGCUUGUGAUUGCUGGCAAGAAAGAUGGUGCUUAGGCAGUAAGCCAAAAAGGUAAAGAAAAGGGUUAAGAAAAAGAGAGACAUCUGUCUGUCUAUGCUCUUGCUCGGGUGGGUAGUUAUUUUUCCUGCUGUAGUUCUCUUCUCCCUCAGCUCCGGUGUGUCUUUUUGUUUGUUUCAAGCUAUGGAACAGAGUAGAUCGGGCCAACAAACUGAGCCAGCUACUACUAGUUAUUGUUUUCUUUGGCUUGCUUGAUCUUGGUAGCCUAGCAAGAAAAUAGGGCAAAAUUUAGCUAAACUGUUGCUGUC